AUGAAAAAAGAAAAUCAGACAUCAGAGACAGAUUUUAUCUUCAUUGGGUUUUCCUAUCUUCCACACUUGCGGAGCCUUCUUUUUUUUAUCUUUUUGCUACUCUACACAUUUACUUUAUUAGGAAAUGCUAUCACCAUCCUGAUUAUCUGUUUGAAUCUACAACUACACACGCCCAUGUAUUUUUUUCUUGCCAAUCUUUCUUUCUUGGAUAUUUUUAAUACUUCCGUUACCAUCCCUAAAAUGCUUAUCAGUGACAUAACUAAAAAACAGUCCAUUUCCUAUACUGGGUGCAUAACUCAGUUAUUUUUGUUCACUUCACUAGCAAGUGCAGAAUGUGUUCUUCUGGCAGUAAUGGCCUAUGAUCGAUAUCUAGCUAUUUGUUAUCCACUGCAUUACAUGGAGGUUAUGAACAAUAAAGUAUGUGUGUUACUGGCAACUCUAGCUUGGCUUGGAGGAUUCCUACAGUCAACGGUCCAUACUAUAUUCACUUUUCAACUAUCUUUCUGUCAACCUAGAUUAAUUGAUGGGUUCUUUUGUGAAGUUCCAUCUCUGUUAAAACUUUCAUGUUCUCUAACUUUUCUCAAUGAAGUUGUCCUAUUUUGUUUUGGUGGUCUUGUCAGCCUAACUCCAUUUCUUUUAACUUUUAUAUCUUAUACUGUGAUUCUAUUAACUGUUUUCAAUAUCCCUUCCUCUGAGGGCAGAAGCAAGGCCUUUUCUACGUGUGGCUCCCACUUAACAGUAGUAGCUAUGUUUUAUGGCGCUGCCACAUUUGUAUAUUUCCGUCCCACAUCCAGUUAUUCCUUACCAGUGGAUAGGCUUGUGUCUGUUUUUUACUCUUUGCUUACCCCAAUGGUUAAUCCAGUUAUUUAUAGCUUGAAGAAUAACGACGUUAAAGGCGCACUAAAGAAAAUGUUUGAAAAAAAAAGAUCAUAUAUUAGUAUGAAAAUCUUUUCAACUAGUUUAACAUUGUUUAUUUAA